ACGGCCAGGGCCUAUAAGAAAGCUGUAGCAGAAGCUAAUGCAAAAGCGCUCUUAGAGGGAUCAGAUAAUACUGAAACUAAUGAGGGACUUAAGGCAAAAGUCAAAAAGAAGAGAAGUCUUGUUGGAGAACAUUAUUACGAAGAGUUUUCAACAGAAUUUUAG